UUGAUUUAUGACUUAUCUAUACCAUCUUCAGUUCUUCUUCACUUGUAACUCCAACAACCAGCUAUGGCAGUUUCUACACUAAUUUCUAUCCCAAAAUUGCCCCUUUUACCCCAAACAAACAGAACCCAAUUUCUCCAUUUUGCAAAGCAAAGGUCCCAAUUUUCUGCCCCCAUUGAAUGCAGCUCAUCUCAGAACUUGAAAAAUGCAGCUACAGUUUUGGGGGUCACUGGAAUUGCUUUGGCCACAUUCAUGGUGGGACCUGCUACAGCAUCUGCUUCUGAAAUAGCUAUAAUGGGUUCUUCUUUACAGUUUAAUGAACCCUCUAAUGCUCUCUCCUUACCCACUUGGGCUAUUCAUGUUUCCAGUGUUGUUGAAUGGGUUACUGCAAUGGCUCUGGUUUGGCAAUAUGCGGAGAAGUCUGGAAAUGAUUCUUGGAAGGGACUCUCUUGGGGCAUGGUGCCCCUGCUAGGUGGAGCAUUUUGUGCCUGCACAUGGCAUUUCUUUUACAACUCCGAGUCCCUUGAGGUAUUAGUGGCUCUACAAGCAGCUUUGACAGUUCUUGGUAAUGCAACAAUGUGCAUCGCUGCAUUCCGUAUAUACAGAUCACAGGAGCAAUAAAGGAAUUAUUGAUCUUUGAGUUUGGUUUACCUCCUCAAAUUUCAUCACUCGUCCGGUUUCCUUAUCUACAUGAAGACGAAACAUUAUAUGACGAACACUGUAACACAUCGUACAUAGUUGAUACAAAGUAUGUAGAAUAAGACAGUGUCUAUUCCAUGGUAGGAAGUUAAAAGCUUUUAGCAAGAAAGCCAGUGUGGAUAGAGCUGUCCCCGGAAGACAAUUAUUCUGCCUUUUUGGUGACUGGUGAGUUUGUCAAGAAACUUUCUUGACUUUAGCCUUUCUAGUUGCAUUGAUGUACAUACUUUAAACAACUCCUUUUAGACAUCUUAAGGUGGCAAUUAUUGACUUUCUAGGAACUGUUGUUGUCAAAUAUCAUAUCUGGAAUCUUCAACACUCUUCUUCUUUAUGUACUGUAUUAUUUUCUCAUAUUACCUUCUUUAUGGCAAACUGCAACCUCUCUGCAGUUUGGUUGUAUGAAUACAACAGCAUAGUGAUUUGUCAUUUGUCUCUGUUA